AUGAAUACUACAGGAAUGCAAGAAGAUCUGGUGAGGUUAUUUGAAAUGAUGAAAUUAGAACUCCAUGAACAAACCGCAACAAUUACCAAGAACAUAACUGAAGGUAUCAUGCGCACAGAUGAAAAAUUACAACCAAUUUUAGAAGAAAACAAAUGCCUAAAAAUUGAGAUACAAAAAUUGAACGAAAAGCUGGCGAGCGGUGGCGGCGGUGGUCGUGGGCUGUUCUGCUACCACUGCCCGCCGAGCUUGCCGCCGCAUCAGCACCGCCUGCCAACCCUGGAGUAUCCCUUCACGGCCUCACAGCCCUAUACAAGCUAUUCUUAUCAUCCGGCAAUACACGAUGACACAUUCGUGCGACGGAAACAGAGACGAAAUCGGACAACGUUCACCCUACAACAGUUGGAAGAGCUGGAGACGGCGUUCGCCCAAACGCAUUACCCAGACGUGUUUACAAGAGAGGACCUAGCUCUCAAAAUCAAUCUCACUGAAGCUAGAGUACAGGUAUGGUUUCAAAACCGCCGUGCAAAAUGGCGGAAAGCGGAGCGAUUAAAGGAAGAACAGAGGAAGCGAGAAGGAGUUGAUGUUAUGGCCAAACGGGAUCCUAAUGAUGAUAAGGGAUCAUCGGAGUGCGGUAUGUCUAGAGGGUCAGGAGAAGUGUCACCUAUGUCAGGUGCGGGCUCCCCCCGUGCCUCUCCUCCGGUCUCUCCUGGGUCUCCGCGUCGCUCGCCGCUCCGUUCUCCGCGCCGCUCGCCAAAUAGGUCACCACGUUUAGAAAGAUCAGAAGCAAGUCCUUCACCAGCGCCGUCUGUAGGUAGCGCUGGAUCAAGGGAAGCGCCGCCCGAGCACAGACCACAGCAUCACAUCUUUUCCCCUUUUGACCAUACCGGAGCCUAUCGCUCGUCACCGGCGGGUUCGGACGCGCCCCCCGCACCCCCGCUCUUCCUACCCCCGCACCUCUCGCAUCUAUCGCAGCAUCUCAACCAUUUGUCGCAACCCUUCUUCCCCUUGAAAGGUUGGGGUGCCCCUUGUCCCUGCUGCCCCAAAGAAGAGGCGCGUUCAUCAAGCGUGGCGGAACUCAGACGCAAAGCACACGAGCACUCAGCAGCUUUAUUGCAAUCUCUCGCCAACUUCCAAUCAAGAGCUCUUCUGCCGUUACCACUACAUCUUCCCCCCUUAUCGCUGUCUCUCUUACCACAUGAUGCACAGCCUUCAACCACGCAAGCUGAGCCGCAGAAACAUAUAGAAUAAUAAUCCACAAUAUCUUGUUGAUUCUAAAAUGUACGGAUCUGGAAUAGUUGGCGUAUUACGUAUUUGGUAGUUGGUUAAUUAUAUUUGCGCUUUAUUACAAUCUCAUAGUGACUAUAUUAGUUAAUUGUGCAUUCUUUAUUUUUUAAGGGAAUCUACUAUUUCUUUAUAGUUCUACUUAAGUUAUUAAAAUUACUUCCUUCACUGACUUUACAUUUAAUUUGGUCAUUGAAAAUACUCCCAGAACGGAGACCAAAAAAAGCCAAAUUUCUUUGACAUAAAAUAGAAUUUAUAAAGCUCUGUCGUUAACUGAAUUACAUAGUAUUAAUAGCAGAAAUACUCCGUUGUAAACACUAUAUUACUUGUUAUGUUUGUAUUUAAAGAAAUAAAAUACCGUGUCGUGAAUUCUGUGCCAAAUAUAUGUCUGUGCCAUGGUAUCAUAAUAUUAUACAAUUAUAAAAUUAAUAUUGAAUUACAGCCGUUUUCUUUGUAUAUCAAAACUUUGUAGUAAAUUCAACUCGAUUUGAAAUAUUAUCAAACAUAACUUCGUAUUGAUUUAAGAAACAACUUUUUUCUUUAAAACUGUAUAUUUACGUAACUAGAUUUAACGUUUUUGACAGUAGAACCUAGUUGAAUAUAUCUAUGUACAUAGUGAGUUAUUUUAACUAUUUAAUCUACCAUGACUAUGACACUGUAUUAAGAGCUUACGUCAAGUAUCACUCCGCUAAAUAGUUUAACGCAGGCAUAUUUUACUAUCUAUUUUAUUAAACUAAAGUAAAAGUCUUUCUUAAUACUUAAGAUUUUUUUCGAAAUUAACAAAUAAUACACUAAAGCCGCCACUUCCAAAUGUCAAUUGUCAAAUAGUGAUGCGACGUUUAAUACCUUGUCAAUGUCAUGGUUGAGCAUGUACCAUAGGUAAUAUUAAUGUUACCGUCAGUAUUUUCGACCAAAAACUGUAUAGAAUUUCGUUUUUGGAAUGUAAAUAAAAUACUCCAUUUUGUUUAAAAUUUUAGAAUAAUUCUGAUUAUAAAUAAAUGUAGAUUAAGUCUGAUGAUGUCAUUACUACCUAUUUAUUUUAUACAGCAAUAAUUUUGGUAUUUUUUUCUUGAGCGGAGAAAGUUUUUUUUGACCUCUUAGACUUUUUAAUAAAUAUAUUAAUGCAAUUAAAUUAACUCCAAAUUUUAUUCAUGAAAUUCUUUCAUGUAACGAAACGUAAUUAGAUUUAUAUUCAGUGAUAAACAAAUAAAUUAAGGUAAUAUUAUCCAACACAUUAAUGCUUAUGUAAUUAAAUAAAUCUAUUUCCGGUGUGUCUGUAAAUAUUUACGUAUGUCUGAACUACUGCACCAUGCACGAGUUAGGGAAUUGUUGUCGCCGGUUGUAUAUAUUUAAUUUUAUGUUAAUAUUUAAGCACAAUGUAUUAUAACACGUAGACUAUUAGAUACACAUGGCUAGUUGUU